UUUUACCUUCCUUUCAGAUUCGUGUUUGGUGUUCUCAAUUUGCUCCGUGAUUCCUUCUCUUUCUCUUAACUUCCAAAAAAAAAGAGAAAAUUUUUUUAAAAAAAUCCAAACUCUCUCGUCUCUGAAAGAAAAAGAGAAAUGAAGAGCAAUCCUAAUACAAAGUUAAUUCUCCUCCACCCUUCUAUCCACAAAUCCUCCACUUCUUCUCACCGCUUCUUCCUCCUCUUCUUCAUUACUUUCUUCACUUUAGCUUUCACUCUUGCUCUCUUCACCUCCGCCACCAUUUCUAACUCCAAUACCGCUUCGCUUUCAACCGCCUCCUCGUCCACCCUUCCUUCCUCCGUCACCACCGCGCUACUCCACUAUGCUUCCACCGCCACCGUCAACACCACGACUCACCACAUGUCGUCCUCCGAGCUCUCCCUCGUUGCUUCGACUCUUCACAACUGCCCCUCCUCGCCUUGCCGUUUUCUUGUGUUUGGUCUCACACACGAAUCCCUCCUAUGGCACUCCCUCAACAUCCACGGCCACACCAUUUUCCUCGACGAAAGCGAGUACUUGGUCUCAUCAUUUGAACGCAAUCACCCCGAAAUCGAAGCUUACGAUGUACAAUACACCACCAAAGUAAACCAAAUGUCAGAUUUAUUAUCCCAAGCCAAAUCCCACUUCGAAAACGAGUGCAAACCAGUCCAAAACCUCCUAUUUUCCGAUUGUAAACUAGCAAUCAACGACAUGCCAAACCAUAUUUACGAUUUAAGUUGGGAUAUAAUCUUAAUCGAUGGGCCACGUGGCUACUUCCCAGAUGCUCCAGGGAGGAUGGCUCCGAUAUUUACGGCGGGAGUGUUGGCAAGGAGCAAGAAGAUAGGUGGGAAAACGCAUGUUUUUGUGCAUGAUUUUGAGAGGGACGUGGAAAGUAUUUUCAGCGACGAAUUCUUGUGUGAAGAAAACUUGGUCGAAACUGUGUAUUCUUUAGGACAUUUUGUAGUGGAAAAAGAAGAAGCGAGCGAUAGUAAAAAGUCUGAGUUUUGUAAGAAUUCGACAUCAUCGUCGCCCUUGUCUGUUUCUUUAUCAUCAGGAGAGGAUGAUGAUUGAAGAGAUUUGAAUGGGGUUUGAUUCUACUUGCAAAUUGUAUCAUUUACAACUCUUUUUUUUUUUUUCUUUUUCAGUACAAAAGUGUAAUAUUUAUAUAGGUUUAAAAGUUUAAACCAUAGGAAGUGUAUCCAGAAAAAA